UUUUUAGACUGGCGCCAUUCCUGUGUACGGGCCAUUUUUCAAGGUGUUAAUUGGUGACUUUUGUGAUAAACUUCCAGGUACCCGUCACUACUUCUCGGAGCAGAAAAGAACCAGUCAUGAAAACUGCGUAAAGUUGAGAUCUAUGUAGGUCAGACAACUACAUUUUGAUGAGAAAUGUUCCACUCUGUGGCAAGGCGGGCACUUUACGUCAUCGUUCAGCAGCAGUGGAGAAGUUUCACUAGCAUUCAGCAGCAUGUCACCCAGAAUCCAUCUCAUGUCAGACGAAUCCUGACCCUACUUGGGGGCGGAGCUGGCCUACUCACAGCUGCGAUUACAUGGGAAAGGUCUCGCCAGUCACUCGCAAAAGAAGUCCAGCAAACAGAGGCGACCGAUGCUGCCAAGGAGACGGAAGAACACGGUGCAGAAGAUGGAGACGGAGAAGAGAAGAAGAGGAAAGGGCCUGGCUUCAGAGACAGAAAGAUCAUCGAGUACGAGAAUCGCAUCCGCGCCUACUCCACACCCGACAAGAUAUUCCGUUACUUUGCAACCAUGAAGGUUUUCACGGAAGAUGGGAUGUCGGAUAUAUUCAUGACAGCUGAGGACUUCAUUCGCACCAUCACGCCAGACCAGAAACAACCAGAGGGUCUGGGUUUGGAUCAGUUCAAAAAGGUAGAAGCCAAGAAAUUGAACUUGAAGAUGAAGAGUCUACAUGAUGGGGAUCAUGACAGCAUCUUUGGCAUGUUGGGAGACAAUGGCCUCAUCUCCUUUGCUGACUACAUGUUCCUUAUCACAGUCUUGUCAACUCCUGAGAGACAUUUUGAGAUAGCUUUCCGCCUGUUUGACAUCAAUGGAGACGGGGAGGUGUCCUAUGAUGAAUUCCAACAGGUUACAGAUGUAAUCAGAGCUCAGACAGCGACUGGCAAGAGACACCGAGAUCGCAAGACGACCGGCAACACACUGGACAAGCCCUUCAAUAGCUCCCUGGACACCGUCUUCUUCGGCCCAAACCUAGACAAGAAGCUGACCUUUGAAACGUUUCGUAAAUUCCACAAACAGCUCAAUCAGGAGAUCUUGAAAAUGGAAUUUGAGAGGUAUAAGCCAGUGGACGGCCGUAUCUCAGAAGUCAACCUGGCCAACUUUCUGUUGGUCUACGCUAACCAGAUCCCCAAGCCAAGAAGGUCUCGCAUGAGAAAGAGAGUCAAGAAGAAAUUCGCUGACGACGACUCAGAAGUCAAGGGCAUCACAUUCAAAGAGUUCAUGGACCUCCAGUUAUUUCUAAAUCACAUUAGGGAUGUGGACACAGCGCUCUCUUUCUACCACGUAGCUGGUGCCGCUAUCGAUCCAGAAACUUUGAGACAUGUCGGUAACAUGGUGGCCAAGGUGAAACUUAGUGACAGGGUUUUGGACGUUGUGUUCACCCUCUUUGAUGAAAACGAUGAUGGCAAACUGAGCAACAAAGAGUUCGUAGGCGUGGUCAAGAAUCGCGUCCAGAGAGGACUGGACAAACCCAAGGAGCUGGGCUUGUCUCACAUCCUGGAAGCGAUGUGGAAGUGUGCCAAGAAGACGCAGGUCUUUCCCGAUACCAAGAGCUAGUCUAGAUCAAGUCUACAGUAUCAAACUAAUUAGCAUUGUACAAAAUGUAAAAACAGGUUACUGCGAUACGUUGUUUGUGCUUAGUAAGCUAUGCACAUUUGGGUCAUGGGAAUUUCAUGACUCUUUGUCACCGUACUUUUUGGUUGUAAAUCCCCAAUAGGGUACACAGGUUUUUUAGGUAAUUACACUUAU